AUGGCCGACGCGCUCGUCACGUACUUCCGGCAGACAUUGCCUCCGGAAGUGGGCAGCCAGGUCGAGUCGCACAUCAAGAAGCUCGAGGAAGGUGAUCUUGAAGCACUGUUACGAAGCUCAGAGGCCCGCACCAUAUUCGGUCAUGGACAUGAGCAGACCGAGAAGCUCGAAAAUGUCCAGCGUGAUGCCUUUCCAGACUGGAACGACUUCAUCUUCCAACGACUGUCGGUGUUUCUGGCCGACAGAUCAAGCCAGGACGCCAUCACCCGCCAAGCCAUCGCAUUCUGCAUUGGAUAUGCAGCGUUGUUGGCAUUUGUGCAAUCGAACGUGACGGGACCUCCGAUCACAUAUCGGCCGGCACAUCUCGUCCUACCUCCGACGGUUGGCGAUGAUGAGCAGGCGAGGAAUGCCUCGAAGCAGAAGAUGCUGGCAGGAUUGACCAUGGAUGGAGUCGCUGCGUACAAGCUGACGCCUCACAUUGAACUCCUAUGCCUGUCUGAGGCCAUCAUGACAACGCCGCCGAUCUUGAAGAACAUCAAAGCAGCAAGAUGGGCCAAGCUCAGAACAUCAUUCCUCCAUCAAAGGCUUUUGUCAGAAGUCUCUUCCACACUGCAGAAUGUCAUCUACGAUGAUCUGGAUGUCCUCGACACGGAGAUCUCAUCCCAUGGGAAGCCAGAUAUUCACAAUGAGUUUGUACUUGAGAGAUCGACGAUUCACAUCCAUCACGGCCUAGACAAGUUCGCUCGAGAAGAUUUGGAGAAGGCAAGGCAGGAACGGCAUUUUGAGUUUGCUUUGACUGGGCUCCUUGGCAAGCGGACGAAGUUCCAGCAGAAGGAUGUCAGUCAGCUGGUCGUGCUUGCCAAGAGCGCAACUGGACAUGAGAACGGCCCGCUCACGACCAGUGGCAAUGGCAACGAGGUCAAGACUAAGCCUGAGACCCUGGACCUGAACGACGAUACUCUGCUUGAAGCCAUCUCCUUCUCAGAAAAGCCGAAGGACACUCCUUCCACAGAGAUACAAUCCAUCGAUUCUCUCCCUCCAUCGCUGAAGGAGCUCGAUCCAGCAAAUCAACCCCAGCUGCAGCCAUUGGAUUCUGUGAUACUACUCUCCCUAGCCUCUUCAAUCAAGAAUACUCAGCCCGAAGAUGGCUUAACGAGAGAAGAAACACUUCCGUAUGCCACGCGAGUGCUCGAUGGAGGCAGCUCAAAUUGGCAGGUCUAUACCCAAGCUCUUCUCGUCCGAAGCAGGAUCGAAGGCUUCCGAGCACGAACCACUGAACGUGGCUUGCUGCAGCUUCAGGCUCUGGUCGACCAAGUCGUUGCGGAUACCACUCCUGAACGGUCGUCUGGCAAGGAGAAUGCAGGAGAUUCCACGGCACGGUCUACCUUUCUACCCAAGGCCAAGGAGUCGGAGAGUGCACCUGCUUCGGAGCGCCUUCGAUACAUCUUUCAGCUGGCUACGCCCACAAGAUGGGAGCUUGAGGCUGAGCUGGCCAAUCGCUGGGUCCAACUGGGAGGUCUUCGCUCCGCUCUCGACAUAUAUGAGCGUCUUCAAAUGUGGGCAGAAGCAGCGCUCUGCUGGGCGGCCACGGAACGAGAGGACAAAGCGAAACGAAUUGUGCGACGCCAGCUCUUCCACGCUACUGCCGGAGGACCUGAUGUGCCCGAAGACAAUGUGGCAGAAGACGAAGAAUGGAAAGGUCCAGCUCGAUCUCCUCCGCCUCUUGACGCACCCCGCCUCUACUGUAUCCUUGGCGAUAUCGAUCAAGAUAUCUCUUGGUAUGAAGAAGCAUGGAAGGUGUCCGGCGAACGCUAUGCUCGCGCGCAACGUUCCAUCGGUCGCUACUUCUAUGGCGCUGGACCAAAGAAAGACAUGGUCCGCGCAGCAGAUGCCUACAGCAAAUCUCUCCGCGUGAACCAGCUCAAUCAUCAGUCCUGGUUCGCACUCGGCUGUGCUCUCCUCGAGCUCGCCGAAUUCAACAAAGCAGUCGAAGCCUUCUCCCGCUGCGUCCAGCUCGACGAAACCGACGCAGAAGCCUGGUCCAACCUCGCCGCCGCUCUCCUCCGCACCGACGAAGACGAAAACCAACCCACCGUCGCAGGCGCAGAACCCUCCUCACCCAACCCCAAAUCCACAAUCUCCAAACGCAACGCCCUCCGCCACGACGCCCUCCAAGCCCUCAAACGCGCCGCCUCCCUAAAACGCGACUCCUACCGAAUCUGGGAAAACGUCCUCAUCGUCUCCGCCUCCCUCGAACCACCAGACUACCCCACCAUCCUCUCAGCCCAACGCCAAAUCCUCGUCCUCCGCGGCCCAACCGAAGGAGAAAAAAGCAUCGACACACAAAUCCUGUCCAAACUCAUCAACCACACCAUCACCUCUUCGUCCUACGACCCCUCCCAACCCGGCCUCGCACGCAUCCUCGUGAAAUUCCUCGACGAAAGCGUCAUCCCACUCAUCACCUCGUCCGCAGAAUUAUGGCACCUCGUUUCGAAAGUCGCGGGGUGGAGGGACAAACCUUCCGCUGCGUUGGAAGCGGAGGAGAAGGCGUGGAGGGUUGUGACGAGUCGGCCGGGGUGGGAGACGGAGUCGGAAGAGAGAUGGGAGGUGGUGGUCGAGGCUACGGUGAGGUUGGUGGAGAGUUAUGAGAGGUUUGGGAGCCGGGAAAGGACGGAGGGGAUGGGGGCUGGGUCGGGGGAGGUUGUGAUGCGGGAUUGGAGGUUUAAGGCCAGGAGUGCGUAG